AUCUUGCCGACUCGCACAUAGAGGGGAGGGAGACCUCAAAGACGUCUUGCAGCUCCUUCCCUGAGCUCAGGAUGCUGGGUAUAAAAGGAAUCGGUGGCUUGACAGAGGCACGUUUCUAUCCCCAGAAUCAACCAUGUACAAGCUGUUCGUCCUCGCUGCCCUCGUGGCCGUUGCCUCCGCCGGAGUCCUCACCCCCGUGGUGCACUCUGUGCCCGUCGUGCACGCCGCCCCCGUUGUGCACCACACCGUGCCCGUGGUCCACUCCGUCCCCGUCGUCAAGACCGUCGUGCCUGCCGCCGUCAGCCACUCUUCCAUCGUGAGGACCCACUCUGCCAUUGUCCACCCCGUCCCCGUUGUCAAGGCUGUGGCUCCCGUUGUCGCUGUCCGCCACCACGUGCCCGUGAUCCGCACCCACCACGUCCCCCUUGUGCACCACACCCCUGUCGUGCACACCGGUGUCGCUUAUGCCGCCCACGCUCCCGUCGUCCGCGUCCUCUAAGAACCCCAAUUUCACAAACUCUGAGUGAUAAUUUAUUGAAAGUCAACCAACAACCCCCUGUUUCGUUAUUGCAAUAUCCACCACCAUCGUCAGCGUGAAUAUCAUCUGAGCCGCCGACGUUGAUAUUUCCUUUGUUACACGCAUUGGAAUGCAACAAUCCUCAUUCUGUGAAUAAAAAUGCCAAAUUGCCAAAAUACUUAAA